AUGAAGUUCUUCACCACUGCCCUGGCCAUGGCCGCUGCUGCCAACGCCCACACCCUCAUGUCCAAGCUGUACAUCAACGGCGAGUCCCAAGGCGAAGCUACCUGCAUCCGUAUGCCCAAGGAUGGAGCGACCUCCACCUCUCCCGUUGCCGGCCUGACCAGCAACGAUAUGGCUUGCGGCAAGGACGGCCAGAUCGCCGCCGCUUACACCUGCGCUGCCCCCGGCAACUCGAAGCUCACUUUCGAGUUCCGCCAGUGGCCCGAUGCGCGUGCCCAGGGUUCCAUCGACCCUUCCCACAGGGGUCCCUGCUCCGUCUAUGUCAAGAAAGUUGACGACAUGACGACCGCCGCCGCCGGCCCCAACUGGUUCAAGAUCUGGGACGAGGGCUACGACGAGUCCACCCAGCAGUGGUGCACCGACAAGCUCAUCGCCAACAAGGGUCUCUUGACCGUCGAGCUCCCCUCCGGCCUCCCCGCAGGCUACUAUCUCAUCCGCACCGAGAUCCUCGCCCUCCACCAGGCUGUCAGCCUCCACGACCCCCAGUACUACGUCGGCUGCGCCCAGAUCCACAUCUCCGACGGUCCCUCCGGUGCUCUCGAAAUCCCCUCCCAGGACUCUGUUAGCAUCCCCGGCUACAUUGACGGCUCCGAGCCCGGCAACAACUUCAACCUCUACGACAACCCGAAGUUCCCCUACCCCAUCCCCGGCCCCCAAGUUUACAGCCCCGCCAGCACCAGUUCCUCCAGCGUACAGGCCACAUCCUUUGAGGGCGGCGUCCCCGCCGACUGCCUGAUCAAGAACGCCAACUGGUGCGGUAAGGCCGUCGCGGCCUACACCACCCAGACGGGCUGCUGGGCCGGCGUCGACGCCUGCUACGCCCAGGGCAACGAGUGCUUCGACUCCGCCCCGCCCACCGGCGCCGCCAACUGUUACGUCUGGAACGAUAUGAUGUGCAAGGGCAUCUCGGCCCAGUGCACAGCUAUGAACUUCCAGGGCCCUCCCACCAUCGAGAUGACUGCCAAGACUGUCGCCGCCCCCGGCCCCAUCCCCGCCGCCGUGAACCUCAACCUCCUCGGCGGCUCCGCCAACAACGCUGCCCCCGCCCCGGCCCCCGCCACCCCUUCCAAGACCGCUGUCCCCGUCGCUUCUUCCUCUGCCCCCGCUGCUGCGGCUACCCCUUCGGCCGUGUAUGCCGCCGAGGACCCUGUCGCCACCAACCCGCCCGCCGCCGCCGUCCCGACUCCCACCCCGGCUGCCCCUGCCCCUGCCCCUGCCGCUCCUUCUGCCUCCGCUCCCGCCACGGGCGGUCUCGUUGCCUCCACCGACGGCACCUGCGGUGGCAGCACCGGCUUUACCUGCGAGGGUAGCACCUUUGGCUCCUGCUGCUCCGCCAGCGGCAAGUGCGGCAGCAAGAUUCUGCAGUGCAGGCCCUCUUGCGGCUGCCAGUCCAAGUUCGGUCUCUGCCUCGAGGCCCGCAGCCUGAAGAAGCACAACUAA